AUUUUCUAUUAUUCCACUUUAGGAGCUUUCUACUCUGCAUCAAUUGGACUAAAAUUAGUCAAACUCAAGUUUGACCUUUUAUUUUUCGGGACUUAUUUUUUUUGUUCAAGCAUUACUCAUGGGCUCGAAGUACAUGUCCAAGGCCUUAAACUUACAAGUUGAACUAGCAAGCUUGGGUUGGCCACAGGGCCAGUGUACAGGUCUAUAUGCAAUCUUAGAUCUCUAGCUUUGACAUAUGAUUUGUGAUUACCAGUGUAACUUUGAUGACUGUUUUAGGAAUUUAAGUAUUGGAGAUUGUGAUAUUCUAAUAUUAUGUUCGAAAUGUAUGUAAUUUUUGAGCUCUAUAUAGCAGUUAAAGUCACAAGUUAUUAAUGUUUUGAGCUUGUUUUUGAUAACUAGUAGUUUAAAUUUGAAACUUAUUCGCUGGUGUUUGACCUUAAAGUAUUACAAGCUGAGCUCCUUACCAAGUGAAGUACGUUUUUUUACUGGUAAUCAAAGUUGGCAGAGUCAAUGAAAAUUGUCGUCACCCUGUGUCUAGAGGUUUGCUGGUCCUUUUAGCCUACAUCGAUCUCUCAAAUUUUGGAUAGAUAUUAAUGAGUGCUACUCUUGAUGCGGAUCGAUUUUCACGAUAUUUUGGUGGCUGCCCGGUCAUUUGUGUCCCUGGAUUCACAUAUCCUGUUAAAACAUUUUUUUUGGAAGAUGUACUUUCUAUCCUGAAAUCUUCAGAAAAUAACCAUCUUGAUUCUGCUUGUGUAAGUGCCACAAAUGAAGACACUGAUUUGACAGAGGAAGAUAGAAUUGCUUUAGAUGAAGCUAUUCAUUUGGCUUGGUCAAGUAAUGAGUUUGAUUCUCUCCUAGAUUUGGUAUCUUCCGAAGGAACUCCAAAGAUUUACAAUUACCAGCAUUCUUUGAAUGGAUUAACACCGUUAAUGGUAUUGGCUGGAAAGGGUAGAGUGCUUGAUGUCUGCAUGCUACUCUCUUUUGGGGCAGAUUGCCAUCUGCAGGCCAAAGAUGGCACAACAGCAUUGAGAUUGGCUGAAGGAGAAGGUCAGCAAGAGGCUGCUGAAAUAAUAAAAAAACAAAUGGAAAAUGCUCCUCCUGAUUCCUUGGAACAACAAAUGCUACUUGAUAAAUAUCUAGCAACAAUCAACCCUGAAUUUGUUGAUGCUAUCCUCAUAGAGCAGUUAUUGAAAAAGAUUUGCAUUGAUUCAAAAGUGGGAGCUAUCCUUGUUUUUCUACCGGGGUGGGAGGAUAUAAAUAAAACACGAGAAAGAUUACUUGCUAACCCAUUUUUCAGAGAUAGUUCCAAAUUUGUUAUAAUAUCUCUUCAUUCAAUGGUUCCAUCUGUGGAACAGAAGAAAGUCUUCAAAUCUCCACUUCCUGGCUGCCGUAAAAUUGUACUUUCAACUAAUAUUGCUGAAAGUGCAAUUACCAUUGAUGAUGUUGUGUAUGUUAUAGACAGUGGUCGGAUGAAAGAGAAAAGCUAUGAUCCUUAUAAUAAUGUAUCAACCCUUCAGUCUUCCUGGGUCUCAAAAGCAAAUGCCAAGCAACGAGAGGGUCGUGCUGGCCGCUGUCAGCCUGGAAUUUGUUAUCAUCUGUAUUCAAAACUUCGAGCAGCUUCUUUGCCAGAUUUCCAAGUUCCUGAAAUUAAGAGAAUGCCAAUUGAAGAACUUUGUCUACAGGUGAAGUUACUUGAUCCAAAUUGCAAAAUAGAAGAGUUCCUACAGAAAACGAUGGACCCUCCAAUUUCUGAAACCAUACAUAAUGCAAUUGCUGUCCUUCAAGAUAUUGGGGCUUUGUCAAAUGGUGAAGAACUGACCGAACUUGGGGAGAAGCUAGGUUGUCUUCCUGUUCAUCCAUUGACAUGCAAGAUGCUUUUCUUUGCCAUAUUGAUGAACUGCCUUGAUCCUGCUUUGACGAUGGCAUGUGCCUCUGACUAUAGGGAGCCCUUUACACUUCCCAUGUUGCCAAAUGAAAAGAAGAGAGCUGCUGCUGCUAAAUAUGAGCUUGCUUCAUUGUACGGUGCUCAAAGUGAUCACCUAGCAGUCAUAGCAGCUUAUGAGUGCUGGCAGAAUGCGAAACGAAGAGGUCAAGAGGCUCGGUUUUGUUCACAAUAUUUUGUAUCAUCAAGCACCAUGAAUAUGUUGCAUGGCAUGCGCAAGGAGCUCCAGUCAGAGCUGAUCAGGCAUGGGUUUAUUAUCGGUGAUGUCUCAAGUUAUAGUCUCAAUUCUCGUGACCCUGGUAUACUCCAUGCUGUCCUUGUGGCUGGUUUAUAUCCUAUGGUGGGAAGGUUGUGUCAACCUCCUAAAAAUGGCAGGCGGUUUUCUGUAGAGACUGCUAGUGGUGCUAGGGUGCGGUUGCAUUCCCAUUCCAUCAAUUUUAAACUGUCCUUUAAGCAAACUAAUGACUGUCCUUUAAUUUUGUAUGAUGAAGUGACACGCGGGGAUGGGGGCAUGAGUAUAAGGAAUUGUACGGUUGUUGGGCCACUCCCAUUAUUAUUAUUUGCAUCAGAGAUUGCUGUGGCUCCUUCAAAGGACAGUGAUGAUGAUGAUGAUGAUGAUGAUGAUGAUGGGACUGAUGAUGAUGGUGAUGAAGAUGACAGUGAUGAAGAAAUGGAGGUGGUUGGUAGGUCAGGCGGACAAGAAGGGGAGAAAUUCAUGUCGUCACCUGAUAAUUCUGUCAUGGUGGUGGUGGAUCGAUGGCUCUCAUUUAGAUCAACUGCUCUUGAUGUUGCUCAAAUUUACUGCUUGAGAGAACGGUUAUCUGCCUCUCUUCUUUUCAAAGUGACAAAUCCACGACAGGAUCUUCCUCCUGUUCUUGGGGAUGCGAUAUAUGCAGUAGCCUGCAUUUUAUCAUUUGAUGGCUUAUCGGGGAUCACAUUUCCCCCAGAUUCUGUGGAAUCACUAACUUCAAUGGUGAAUGCAACUGAGAUUGGAAAGCCCGCAUCUGGCAGGAGAGGUACAGCUCAGAAUCCAAAUGGCUUUCUUAAGUCUCUUAUGGACCGUAAUGCUUUCAAGAACUCUUCUUCCUGUUAUGAUCAAACUGUAGCACCAAGACAUGUGAAUGAGCCAGGCAGGCAGAAUGCUACACCAGCAGUCAGGCAAUCUCAGAAUGAGCCAGGCAGGCAGAAUGCUACACCAGCAGUCAGGCAAUCUCAGAAGCCUUCAGCACAUUCUGCACAAUCUGACUCUGGGAAGCACAGAUCAUUUGGUCCAAGGGUAGAGCCUUUGAAGCGGCAGCGCAGGAAUAAAUGUAGAUAGCAAAGGGUUACAGAUUAGAGAUUGGAUUUCAUGUUUGUUCUUCCUCGUGCUAGAAUGGCAAAGCAGUGAGAUUUGACUUAGUCUGAGAUUGAAGAAUCUGGGUUCAGGAGGAGCCAAUUUCUAUGCCCCAGCUUGGAGUCUGUUGAGGCAAUCCACAUAAUGGAAAAACGAAGGUAUUCUGUUAAGAAGGCAGACAGAGGGGAAGAUGUUUAUUGAGUAUGGGAAGAAUGUCGUCAUGAUUUUAGUACGAGGGUACAGGUUCGAUAGCGAAGGGUUAUUUCUAGCGUUGGUUGUAUGUUAUAAACACAAAGCUUAAUCUCGAUGCUAAUCUUGUUAUAUUUUUCUUUUUUCGCGCUAAGUUGCACCAUAUGAUGUUUAAGGAAGUAGCCAAUUUCCGAUGGCACAUAAUUAAAGAAGUUCAAAUAUCCUCGGCAUCAAAUAGUUGCCGAGCUAGCGAUACAGGGGAGAUCAACAUUGAAAAACUAUUGUUACUUUUCUAAGAUUCAUAAAUAUAUUGUCAGCCGUUAGUCAUUAA